AUGCCGGCCUUCCACAACCGGUUGGCGCUGCCUGUUGGUCUCCAUGGGUUGACCUGUUUCACUCACUACCAUCAAUAUUUGAUAAUGGCCCUACAGAUUAUUUACCAAAUGGUUUUAUACAUAAAGCAUCUCCGGCAAAUCCAAUAAAAGAUAAUACAGACGUUAAACAAAGAUUAUCUAGAAUUCAAUAUUAUGCUUAUAAUUCUGCUCUAGAUAUUCCUUAUGUCAGUCCGAUCUUGGCUGAUGAUUUAGCAAAAACUUAUCCAGAAAUUUUUAAUACACCUAGAAAAGAAGGUCAAC